AUUUGGACUCAGCUCAGCCACUACAGAGGAAACAAUGACUUCAACACAAAAGGACCAACAUGGAGCGAGAAGUCAGCGCUCUCAGGAGGCCGACAAACCUCACAGAAGAAAGGGAGAGAAAAUCUUCAGCUGUGAUGAGUAUGGGAAGAAUUUUACCCAGGCUGGAGACUUAAAAAGACACCAACUCAUCCACAGUGGAGUUAAACCUUACAGCUGUGACUUGUGUGGAAAGUCUUUUACCCAGGCUGGAAGCUUAAAAACACACCAACUCAUCCACAUUGGAGUUAAACCUUACAGCUGUGACUUAUGUGGAAAGUCUUUUACCCAGGCUGGAGGCUUAAAAACACACCAACUCAUCCACAGUGGAGUUAAACCUUACAGCUGUGACUUGUGUGGAAAGUCUUUUAUCCUGCCUCAAACCUUAAAAAGACACCAACUCAUCCACAGUGGAGUUAAACCUUACAGCUGUGACUUGUGUGGAAAGUCUUUUUCCCAGGCUGGAUACUUAAAAACACACCAACUCAUCCACAGUGGAGUUAAACGUUACAGCUGUGACUUGUGUGGAAAGUCUUUUACCCGGGCUGGAAGCUUAAAAAGACACCAACUCAUCCACAGUGGAUUUAAACCUUACAGCUGUGAGUUGUGUGGAAAGUCUUUUUCCCAGGCUGGAUACUUAAAAAGACACCAACUCAUCCACAGUGGAUUUAAACCUUACAGCUGUGACUUGUGUGGAAAGUCUUUUACCGAGGCUGGAAGCUUAAAAAGACACCAACUCAUCCACAGUGGAUUUAAACCUUACAGCUGUGAGUUGUGUGGAAAGUCUUUUUCCCAGGCUGGACACUUAAAAACACACCAACUCAUCCACAGUGGAUUUAAACCUUACAGCUGUGACUUGUGUGGAAAGUCUUUUACCGAGGCUGGAGACUUAAAAACACACCUACUCAUCCACAGUGGAUUUAAACCUUACAGCUGUGAGUUGUGUGGAAAGUCUUUUUCCCAGGCUGGAAACUUAAAAAGACACCAAAUCAUCCACAGUGGAUUUAAACCUUACGGCUGUGACUUGUGUGGAAAGUCUUUUACCGAGGCUGGAGACUUAAAAACACACCUACUCAUCCACAGUGGAUUUAAACCUUACAGCUGUGAGUUGUGUGGAAAGUCUUUUUCCCAGGCUGGAAACUUAAAAAGACACCAAAUCAUCCACAGUGGAUUUAAACCUUACGGCUGUGACUUGUGUGGGAAGUCUUUUACCCGGGUUGGAGACUUAAAAACACACCAACUCAUCCACAGUGGAUUUAAACCUUACAGCUGUGACUUGUGUGGAAAGUCUUUUUCCCAGGCUGGACACUUAAAAAGACACCAAAUCAUCCACAGUGGAGUUAAACCUUACAGCUGUGAGUUGUGUGGUAAAUCCUUUGCUCAAAGUAGCAACUUACAGAAGCAUCUAGUUACCCACUCUGGAAUUAAGGUGUACAGCUGUGCAAAAACAUUCACUUCAUUAUCUGCUCUGUGCAAACAUCAGCCUGAUCAUGCAGGACUGAAAUCACUGGAUCACAAUGAAUCUGAGACACAGUAG